GGGAUAAUUGUUCCAAACGAAACGACCCCUUAGAGAUAUAGUAAGACUCAUCCAUCAACGAGAAUAGAAAAAGUAACGAAAGGACAAAAUAGUUAUCAGCACUUAGUUCCAAGUGGCAAUUCAAUAAAAUAUAGUGUAGUAUGUUGUUAGCCAUAAACAACAAGUAGCACAAAAAGGUUUAUGUAUUAGGCCACAUGAUGCUUCGUUUCUCCAUCCCAGAAGGCUACUGUGAAACCUCUUCUCAUCUUCUUAAUGGAGUCUCAAAUUUCUGAGCUUUAUAACAAUCCUCACCACACUCUCUUUUUCCACUUAAUUUCAAAUUACCUUCCACCGUCUUAAACAAUUCUCUUGUUUUCACUAAAGGAUCUAAACUAAUGGCAUCACCACAAGAGAAUUGCACUACAUGAUCAUUUGAUAUGAUUAUGGAUUAUUACUGCUCCGAAACUACCACCCUUUAUUCCCAAAGCUCCUCCUCUUCUGAAUCUCUUGACCAAACGUGUCAGCUGCUCAUAUUAGUUCAAAUUCUCCCAAGCAAACAUUGCGAUACCAAUGAAGCAGGUUCAGAAUGUGGAAAUUUCCAACGACACCGAGAAGAAGCAUUACAGAGGAGUUAGGCAAAGUCCAUGGGGAAAGUUCGCAGCAGAAAUUCGUGACCCGAACCGAAAGGGAAAUCAAGAUGAAGAUGAAAGAGUACUCCCGACGCCGGCGGCAGCUCCAUUAACGCCGUCAAGUUGGUCGGCGACUUGGGACAGUGGAGACGGAAAGGGAAUUUUUGAGGUGCCGCCACUAUCACCAUUAUGGCCUAUUCUCAGGUUGUGAUGAUAUGAUCAGAUAAGGAAUGAUGAUAUAGACUGAGGUGUUAGUAUUUGGUAGAUGAAGAAUAAAAUAUUGCACCUGACGGUAAAAAGUAUGUGGUGAUUAACUUCUCAACCCAAAAAGAAAUAUGGGGAAGUGGGGUAGCUACGGGAAUUAGUUAUUCAAAUGGUGAUAAUGAAGAUGGUGGGUUUGUUUGGUCUCCUCGAUUCUUUUGAUUAAAUUUUAUUGUUUACGUAAAGAAACGUCAGUCAAAAAUCUGUUUGAUUGUUUAUAUUGUUUGCUAAAUAGGUCUUCGCCCUUACGCCUUUAUAUAUAAUAGAAAAAAAUUAGAUAGUUGUAUAUAGAAUUAGCCAGAUCGUCUGAAGCAUGAACAGAAUCGCCUUUGUUCUGAAGGCCUAGCGAGUUCCUUUUUUUUUUUUCAAAGGCGGUCCUUUUCUUUCCUCGGACCGAUGACUCGCUUGUUCAGUACUGCUAACUAUUAUAGGAGGAUGUCGCCCCCUCGGGACUACCAGUAGCUUCGGUUGUUGAAUCUCGUGCAAGUUAGGUUGUGGUUGGGUGUGUGUUACUUUGGCCUUUUUUUAGUGGUUAAUUUUCAUGCCUAAGUAAAUCAGUUGUACAUUGUU